AAAUUUUUGAAUUUUUGGUGAUUCAUCGCGGGCUCGCGGUAUUCGAAUCCUUUUGCUGGUCACUAAAUUUCUUUGUAAUGUAAACUAAAACUACCUUUGCUAUUAUUUCAAAAAUAUUUUUAUGUAAGCUAGCUUAGCACGAUCAUAUUAUAGAACUUGAUCUUACGCUUUUGUUUUUUCGGUUUGUAUUCGGUUUCAUUUUUUUGUAUCUUAUUUUCAGAACAUGGCGCCUAAGAGAAAAUAUGACAAUAAUUAUAUAAAAUUUGGAUUUACCUCGAUAGAAAGUAACGGGGAAAUAAAACCACAGUGCGUUAUAUGCGCAACCGUUCUCGCAAAUGAAGCGUUGAAACCAGCAAAAUUGAAACGCCACUUAGAAACGGUACAUCCAGAUUUAUGUAACCGCCCGCUUGAAUUCUUUCAAGGAAAAUUAGAGGUCCUAAAAAAAAUGAAACUCGGGCCUAGCGGCUCGAGAUUUGCAACAUCGGAAAAGUUAUUAGUAGCGUCGUUUGAGAUUUCUAAAUUAAUAGUACAAUCUAAAAAGCCACACACAGUUGGAGAAACACUCGUAAAACCUUGUUUGAUCAAAGCCGUCGAAGAAGUUUUGGGAUUAGAGGUCAAGAAAAAAAUACAAGACAUACCUCUGUCCAAUAACACAGUCAAAGCUCGAAUUGAGCUUAUGUCAAGUGAUAUAGAGGAGCAACUUGUGUCAAGAAUAAAAAAAUCGCCAUUUUUCGCUUUGCAGUGUGAUGAGUCGACCGACAUUUCAAAUUGUUGUCAACUACUUGUAUUUGUUCGCUUUUUAGACGACGACAACAUAAUUAAAGAAGAGUUAUUGAUUUCACGGGAACUGGACACAACAUCAAAAGGUAUCGACGUCAUGAACUCAAUAUCCGAAUUUUUCGAGAAACAUAAUCUUAUGUGGGAUAAACUCGCUGCCCUCUGUACCGAUGGUGCUCCAGCAAUGUUGGGAUCACGUUCCGGGCUGGCGACAUUAGUAAAACAGAAAAAUCCUAAUGUAAUUACAACGCACUGUAUCAUACAUCGCCAGGCGUUGGCUUCAAAAACUCUUCCUGGAUGCCUCAAUGAUACACUAAAAAUAGCCAUAAAAAUUGUAAAUCUUAUUAAAAGCAGCGCCUUAAAUACACGACUUUUCAAAAAGUUAUGCACUGAAAUGGACUCUGAUCACGAGACACUUCUCUUUCAUACCGAAGUUCGAUGGCUAUCGAAAGGUAAUAUGCUGGGAAGAUUAUAUGAACUGAGAGCAGAGGUUGAGAUUUUUCUGGGUGACAAAAAAAAUAAUGAUUUGUUGAAACAAUUUACUAAUCUGGCAUGUCAGAUGGACUUGGCGUAUCUUGUGGAUAUUUUCACACAUUUAAAUAAAUUAAAUAUACAACUGCAAGGUUCUGGAAAUAAAAACUUAGAGAAUGUCGCAAAUAUAUUCAUUUUUGAAGAUAAACUUCGUGCUUUUAUCUGCAAACUUCAAUUGUGGUUACGUAAAAUUGAAGAAAAUAAUUAUUCUGCGUUUGCGACAUUACAAUCACUUGUGGAAGACAAAAAGUAUGACGCUUUUACAGCAAAUAUUCAAGAAAACAUUAAGACUCAUUUACAUAUGUUGAUUGAUGAAUUCAAUCGUUAUUUCCCAGAAUAUAACGAAGAAGCUAAUCUUGAUCAAAAAAUGAUUCGUAACCCUUUUAGCACGGACGCUAGUGAAGUUACAGAAGAAAUCCAAGAAGAGCUCAUUGAAUUACAAAAUGACAGAAACUGCAAGGAUGCUUUUGAAUCGAAUUCACUUGAGUCAUUUUGGUGUAAAAAAGCACUUUCUUAUACUAAACUUCGAGAAAUCGCCUUACGCUAUUUUAUCGUUUUCUCAACCACUUAUUUAUGUGAACAAGGAUUUUCUGCUUUGAUCGUAUUAAAAAACAAGACGAGAAAUCGUUUGAAAGUAAGUGAUGAUUUACGUGUGGCUCUGAGUAACAAUAUCAGUCCUAGGAUAGCCGAACUCGUGAAGAAGAUGCAAGCUCAGAAAUCGCAUUAAUUUAAAAUUACGAAAGUUUAUCCUAAAAUGUUAUUAUUUCUUUUUAUGUAAUUCAUAUUAGAGUUUGAAUUAAAGUUUCAGUUUGAUUAUUACAGUUUAUUUUACUACACUAAAAUUUAGUUAAUUAAUAACUAAAUAGUGGUCCCUGCCGAAAAAAACUAUGUCAAAGUGGUCCCUGACCAAGAAAACGUUGGGAACCCCUGGACUAGAUCAAAGAUAUUUAAAACGUUUUGGGACAUUGGAGAUCAUUCCAGGCAGUGGGACUUUUUGACGAAGUAUGCUACCAAAGAAAUGAAGAAGAUGAUAACAACAAACAAGGAGAAUACUAAAAAACUGAGUACUAUUUCUUAUACUUUACCUAUUUAUGAAGCAGACAACGUUGUUAUAAGGAAUAUUCCUGUAUGUAAAACUAUGUUUUUAAACACCUUAUCUAUAAGUUUCAAUUUCCUUUAUACAGCUUUAGAAAAACUAGAGAAAGGACAAGGAGCUGUACAGUCCGAUCAGCGAGGCAAGCAUGUUCACCAUCAGAAAAAAAUAACUGAUGAUAUGAAACAAAGUGUAAUUGAUCAUGUGGCAAGUUUUUCGCCCGUGGAAUCACAUUAUAUUCGUAAAGAUUCCAACAAGAAAUAUCUUGACGGGUCUCUAUCGUUUCCUAAAAUGUUUAGACUGUAUGAAGAAUGGUUUGAUUCCAGUAAGUACACAAAUAAACUAACUAGUGUGCGGCAAAUAUCGUGAUAUUAUUAACAACAAUAUAAACAUUGGUUUCCAUAAGCCAUUACUGUUUGUUAGGGAGCCUGGGCCUCACGACACAGGGAAUCCUAGUGUGAGGUCCAGGAUACAACAAAAUUGUAAAACUUUUCCUUUUUGAA